CACAUCACUUUUCGCUCAUUAAAUUUGGUUUUAUCGUUGUUAAAACAUGCUGAAAUGUUCAAACGUGCUGUUACUCGAUGCUGCAAUGUGAUUCCUGCUACGCUCUUCUCCACAGCGGCCGUCGUAUCCUCUUCUCCAGAGCGGCCUUCCGCUUGAACGUCUUGGUGCAAACGUGUGCAUAACGAGGCUAAAGUAUGGCUACAUGGCAGGUCUCAGCAAAACGGCGGCUCACUUCUCAAAAGUAUCCGAUUGUAGUGCCACUCGAGGCUUUCUCGUCAUUUUCGGCCUCUCUUCAUGUCGUCGGGUUCGAACCCUGCGCCGAUCCGCCAUGCCACGUCCGUAGGGGGUCCUUGGGGUGACUUUGUGUCUCGCUCCGACGCCUCCAUGGCCAAACUGCUGCAAGAGUCGCUGCCCAAGACCGAAGCCACUCGUGCCAGUUGGCUGACGACUCACCAGGAACUGGACGACCAAGAUCGAGUGGAUCAAGUCGAGUUCGUGGACUUGUAUACGGGGUGUACAUUGCUCUUAUUACUGCCAGUUGGAGCUGUCGUCUAUGUGGCUGUUGGGAUAACUGCGUUACCAGUACUUACGAUACUUCAGAUCUACAAGAUCGCAGCUUUAAAGAGACCUACAAAGAGUGUGGAGAGAGGACUGAGCUUCCAACUAUUAGCGCUGCUGUUAGGGAUUGUGGCGCUUCCGUGUCUUAUGGUUGUGUUGGUCUAUUGGCUCGGAACUUUUACGAUCAUUCUCGUUAUUAGCUUGCUGUAUUCACUGGCGUCGCUGAAAAUAUUACUGUUAAGAGACAACUUGGCAUUAAUGCAGAGCUGCAGUCGGUGGCCCAAGUGGAGCUGGAGAGAUACAAUUUGUGCGAUACUGGGGACCAUAGACAGACAAGGAUUCGUCAAGUUUGCACUCAAAUUCCCAUCAGCAGUGGUGAUAGCCCCGAUACUAAAAUAUUUAUUCGGAUGCAAUCCGCUGCUCUAUCGCUUGGCGAUUAGACAGCGAUGUCUGUGGACGUCUCCGCUGGAUUUCGACGACCAGAAGGCCGUAGCUGCAGUCGUUCAAGCUGCGUCGUGGACUCUCGUUAAUUUGACUGAUUUAUUGCCCAAUCAACUCAGUAAUCCACCACGAAAAGAUGACCGAAUAGUCAGUGGACACAUUCCCUUUCCAGCUCCGGAUCGAGUUAGCGGGACAGUGAUUGGCGUGUUUACCACAGAUUCUCUCGUGACGCUCGUCGAUGCAGAUCAUAACGUAAACGGCAGUAUUUUCCACAGCAUGACGGCAAAGCGUAGUAUCUACAACGUGCUGCUGUUUGUAUGGAAUCCGUGUCAUUAUCUCACGGGGUAUAUCGAGAUCAAUUUGCAGCACGACGGAGGCAUCGAGCAAGCCAUGUGGUGCCUUGUAGGUGAUAAUUACUUUGGAAACUUGUUGUUUGAGCGCACUGAUGCUCUUUUCUGGCACUACGAUCCCAUCAAACGCGGCCAGAUGGAACGUUGCAGUCUUCAGUUUAUUCGCGGUUCUAUUGCGUCUACAACAUCGGCGGACUCGGUGGCUCUAGAUCGGGAAAAUAAUACUGAAGGGCAUGCAGUCAAUGGCACUGAAAUUAGUCUGGACAGCUAUGGAACGGAUGGAGGUCUUGGGAGGUUUGAGAGUGCGUUGAGCCUCGGAAGCUGCGACUCUGAGCAGGGCGAAGAUAUCAACGAUUGCAGUAACCGUGUUACUAUUGGUGUAUCUAGCAGCUUCACGUCGACCGGUGAGGACGUUUCUAUUCGAGAGAGAAGUAUCACAGACUCAGUGGCGAUGUUGCACUCGGCUUCCAGUUCUGCCUCACACUCAGACUUUACUAUCUCGGAUCGGCACUCGCAACAAUUUUAUAUUGUGUAAUUUCUUUAAUGUGUAAAUAGCCUUGUACAGAUCAAAAUCGUUUAAAAACUACGAUUAAUUAAACCGGCUAAUGACUACAUCUUUAUGAAUUGGA